AUGGUCAUGGCAGAUGAACAUGUCCCGCCGCGAGCGAUGCCCGAGAGGCACCCUCGCUCCAGCGCCGAGACGGGCCCGACGGGCCAGGCGGGGGAGUCGAGCACGGCCGGGAGCCUGCUCGAUGCCACGUCGUCUCCCAAACACCGCGGACAUCAAGACGACUCGGCUCGCAGCCCAACGGCCGCCGGCGUGAUGCUGGUGCCUCGGGGCAGGGGCAGCACGAGGAGGCGCCUCCAGAACCGAUCGGGUCGAGCCGGCUUCCUGCUGCACGACCUCGCCGCCGGACACGCCGAGUUUCGGGGCCCGGACGGCGACGAUGCCAACCUCCAAGUGCGCACUCCCGAAUCAUCUCGACUCCUCGACGCCCGGCGUGGCAAGCGCCCCGGGGCCCUGUCCGAGGCUGAUGCCGGCCAGAGCCCCGCCUCCCCUGGAAGCCCGCGGGGGAAAUCACCCAGCGAACCCUUCACGGACCCAUCAAUGUCCUCGUCGCCGCACGAUCCGUCCGGGCUCGACAUCGAUUCGGCCCAGAUUGUGCACAUGGCAUUGAACCUCAGCGAAUCCCGCAGAAUGGCCGCUCGAUCGAGUGCCUCCCGAGGCACACCACCCCGCCUCGUCCCCCUGCGGGAUGCCGCUUCGGCCAGCAACCUACGGCAGCACCUGCAGCAGCAGCGCAGGACCUCUCGCCGCGGCAGCCCCAAGCCCGGCCGCGAGUCGUCGCCAACCGUGUCUCCGGCCGUCCGCCUGAGCGGCACCGCGGCCGCUGACUUCGAGACCGGGCACGAUCGGGAGUACCGCUACCUCUUCUCCGCCUCGACCUUGGCGAGGGCGCAAAAGGCCAAGGAGCACAUGGAGCUCAUGGCCCAGUACUGGCGGCUGCUCGAGAAGCUCCCGCCGCUGAAGCCGGGAUUCGACCGCCCCGUCCCGUCGAGCCCUCCCGGCACGUCCACGGGAGCUCAACCGAGCAGGGUUCCCUCCAUCGAACCGUCGUUGCUACCGCUCGGACGUCAGUACAACCCCCUGCAGUACAUUCGAAAUCGAAAGGUUCGCGCGCGCGAGCGCAAGGUCAUCGACGGCGAACGGCAAGGCUUUGGAGACGUCGACGAGGUUCGUCUCUGGGUCGACGAGGUCUGCUCCUCCUCCUCCUCCUCCUCGCUCCACCCCUUCUCCGACAUGGACCGGCCUCCGAUGCCGACGUUCCGUGGGGCCGACGAGUCGAAAACGCAAGCGACGCCCGACGCCGCCGCGAGGGCCGCCGCGAGGCCGAGGCGGCCGCGGGUCGACUGGUUCGUCGAGCCGUGCGACAUGGUGGCGGAUGCCUACUGGCUGGAGCAGGACGAUCACAGACACCUCAUCGAGGAUCGCCAGUGGCGCAAGAUAUUCCCCGACAGGGUUGCCAUGGCCAAAUCCGUCUCGCACGAGACCGCCGACGCCAGUCCUGUCCUGCCUCCCUUCUCGCUCCACGGAGACUCGUUGCACGACGUGCACGCGACGGGCAUGAGCAAAAUCGACACGAAUCACUCCCACGGCAGCACGAGAGACCGGGCCAAGCAGAAGCUGCAAAACAUACGAACGUACCCCCAUCGUCACACCGGCUCGCUCGGCCACCACCACGAAUACAUGUGGGGGAAGAACGACUCGGCAUCGGAGCUCUCCGAUAGUGGGAACGAGAGCCAGGCGGACCAGAAGUUCAAAUGGCUCAACCGGAGAGGGACCAUCUCGAGCAACACGAAUGACCUUCUCCAGAAGCAAAUGUUGGAAAUGGUGGCCAAGGAAGCCCGCGAGCGUGAGCUCGACGAUACCGUCGCCGACGCGAAGCCGCCCGGCUCCCCGGAAGUCAUGACGCCCGAACCCACGGUCAGGUCGCAUCCGCCCAGCCGAUUUCACAGCAGGACGACGUCUCCCGCCGAUCUCGCCAGGGUCGGUGGCCGGGCCGUCGUCGACAGGUCGCGUCCGGGCUCGCCGCUGCAGAUGUACCACUUCAGCCGGAACAGCAUCGACGAGACGGACCCUCACUCGAGGCAAUCGAUGGAAAAGGUCGCAUCCACGCCGGCAUCCCCGGAAUUGCGCUCCGUGAGAGACGUCGAGCCCGCCAUCACACUCUCUCCGCCGUGGAGCCGGCCCGGUUCGCCGACGAAGAACGCCAUCAACAAAAUCAAGCAAAUCAUGCGCGACAAGAGUUCCGACGCCGGACACGGACCGCGCGAAAAGGACGACCGUGAUGACGGUCGCCGCCUCGCGAGGCUUCCCGAUUCUGCUUCGUCGCCGACGAGGCCAGGACCGUCGGCAAGGCGGCGCUCCAGUCCUCCCAAGAAACUCCCCUUCGAACGGCCAUCCGAGUCGGCGAGGGCGCAACGAACACCCGGGGGCAUGCGGCUUCAGCCAGACGAUCAAGUCGUCGGCCUGCGUGGAAUGUUCAAGGGGCCACGGCUUGACACCGUCAUCCGCGGCGGCGUCUCCAAGCUGGGCGACAUUCUCUGGAAGAAGGAUGGAUCCGGCGAGUCCCAGCCAGAGUUUGAAUCGACGGACGAAUCGGAGAGCGAGCGGGCCAGGAGGAGACAUCUGACGGCCGCGCCCGUGUUGGCGAAGCAGACGAUGCGUGCACGAGACAGAGGCCAGCAGCGCGACAGGCACUUCCUCGACGCCAUGCCCGAGUUCAACCACGCUCCCGGACGCUCGCACAGCGCCGGCGACAGCUAUCAGGGGAGCACGCCGUCGGAGUCGGUGGGCCACAGCCGCAAGUCGUCGCGCUUCGAUCUCCUCAAGCCUCCGCGAAUCCAGCCUCCGAGCACGUCUUCGUCCGUGUCCCCCCCGGGCGUCAGGCAGAUUCGCCUCAACGACUCCGACAUAUCAGAGUCGGAGUCCUUCAUCGGACGCCUGCCCGAGAGCGUUCGCGAUGCACUGCGACCGCCGGAUGCCGCCGACGAGAGCGGCAAGAGACAGAGUCGACAUUGGUCCAUCGCCGACAAGAGUAGAUCGACGGAGCAGACCCGUCUCUCGAGGCGGGAGAUUGCCCGCAUGAGGGCUCUCAUCCUGAGCUCCGGCAUCAAAGCCAUGGAGAUUGACCGACGGGCAAACGAGCCUUGUGGGCUCUCCGGUAUGCAGAGCCUCGCGGGCCUGGGCACCUCGAGCGGAACGGGCCGUCGCGUCGAGUUGGCAGAUCUGGCCGAGCUGAACCCGGACGGGUCGCGCCAGUUCGUGUGCCGCGAGUUCUACCCUGCCACGGCCAAGUCGCUGGGUGGCGCGAUUCAAGUGUCCGGCCAGCGCUGGCAGGCCUCGGCCGAUCGAUUCACGCACAAGACCAGUCCGGAGCUUCAGAGACGCAUCGGCGCAUUGCACUCACGACUCGUCGGCGAACUUUCCGACAUGACGCGGAGGGCCGCCGAUGAAGCCGACGAGACGGGCCGGGACCUCGCUCUCGGCCAACCCCUGAAGCUGAAGCACGUUGUCGAUACCAUCGAGAAGAUGCUCCGCCGCCGCCGCCGCCGGCUGCGAUGGGUGCGGCGGGCGCUUUGGCUCACCGUCGAAUGGCUGCUCGUCGGUUUCAUGUGGUACGUGUGGUUCAUGGUCGUCAUACUGCGCGUCCUUUUCGGCGUCAGCAAGGGGGUUUGGAGCGCCGUGAGGUGGCUGCUCUGGAUGUAG